UUUUAACAUUUUGGGGGUUUCAGCCUCUAGCAUUACUCCAAGUCUUGGUUGUGUUGAAAAUGUGCCAGUAGGUGGGUAGAAAGUGCUUUUGGUUUUAUGGUUUUUGCUGUAGUUCUUGGAUGCAUUUUUCUUUGGUGACAAAAAAGGGUGGUCUUUUUUAAGAAAUAAUGGCAGCCAAGUGCAGGAAACCAAAUCUCACUUUGUUUUGAUGCUUUUCUUUACCUUUUCUGAGCUUCAUGGAGGAAAAGAGAGAUAAUGGCUUUGGAAAGGGAUAAGAAGCUUUUGCCUGAAAGCUGUUUGAGGAAUUGUGUGAAAGAAGUUAGGGUAUCAUUGCUUUUUGAUGCCACAAGUAAUUAAGGGUGGAUGGGGGAGAAGAAGAACAUGCCAGCAGUUUGGUUUUCUUUGAAGAGAUCUAUGCAUUGCAAAUCAGAGCCAUCAGAAGUUCACAAUCCAAAAACCAGGAAAGAGCUGAACACAAUCCUUACUAGGAAACCUGCAGGGAGGUCUGGCUGUUCAAGGUCUAUAGCAAACCUCAAAGAUGUUAUUCAUGGCAGCAAGAGGCACCUGGAAAAGCCUCCAAGUUGUAGCCCAAGGUCCAUAGGGAGCAGUGAGUUCCUAAACCCGAUUACCCAUGAAGUCGUUCUGCGUAAUAAUUCGCGGUGUGAGCUCAGAAUCACAAGCUUUGGUGGCUUCCCAGAUGGUCUUGGUGGUGGUGGUGGCUCAUUUGUGGGCACUCUAAGGCCUGGCACACCUGGCCCUGGAGGGCACCAUACAAUGCACUAUUUCAGCUCUUCUCAAAGGAACCCAGCAGCCACUCCUCCUAGGAGGACUAAUUCUGCUUCUUUUGGAGAAAAAGAAGGCAUUGGUUUUGCCUCAAAACCCAGAGCCUCCCUUCAGAUAGAUAGCAAUGGAUGUUCAUCAGUUUCAUGUCACAAAUGUGGAGAACAGUUUGGGAAAUGGGAAGCUCUUGAAGCCCAUCAUCUUUCCAAGCAUGCUGUGACUGAGCUUUUGGAGGGCGAUUCGUCAAGGAAAAUCGUUGAGAUAAUAUGCCGGUCAAGCUGGCUAAAAUCAGAAAGCCAGGGUGGUAGGAUUGAGAAGGUGUUGAAAGUUCACAAUACACAGAAAACUCUUGCAAGAUUUGAAGAAUACAGGGAGGUGGUAAAGAUCAAGGCCAGUAAACUUCCCAAGAAACACCCUAGGUGCCUUGCAGAUGGCAAUGAGCUUCUAAGAUUCUAUGGCACAACUGUGGGGUGCUCUCUUGGCACGGGUGGGGGCUGCAGCCUCUGCACAUCAGAUAAAUGCUAUGUCUGCCAAAUUAUCAGGAACGGGUUUUCCACCAAAAAUGAAAUCAAAGAUGGAAUAGGCGUUUUCACGACUUCCACGAGUGGGAGAGCGUUCGAGUCCAUAGAAGCCUCUGAGGGCGAUCCGCCCCCUAGAAAGGCAUUGAUAGUCUGCAGAGUAAUAGCCGGUCGAGUGCAUAGGCCUCUGGAGAACAUACAAGAAAUGGCUGGGCAGAUUGGGUUUGAUUCCUUGGCUGGGAAAGUAGGUCUGUAUUCCAAUAUAGAGGAGCUUUAUCUGCUCAAUCCUAGAGCUCUACUUCCAUGUUUUGUGGUGAUCUGCAAGUCCUAGAGGAGCAUUUUGAAUAUGAAUCAUUUCAGUUUUCUUGGGUUAAAAUUCAAUUUCUGUGUCUGCUAUUUCCAUAUUUGGCAUUAUAGGUAACCAAAUUAAAUUCUAUUGGUUUUCA